GUAUACAUUUCUUUCUGUGCGGGACGUCGACUGCAAAUCGAGAAAAUCGAUAAACAGCAAACAGAACGGCGACUGUGAGUGAUAAUUUGGAUUGGAGUUUCGUGAUUAUUUGCAGCCAACAAUGACUGCCACUUUGGUCAGCAUAGCCGAGGAGGACUUCUUCGGGAUGCUGAUACGCUACGGGUUGUACGCGGGAGCCCUUUUUCAGAUGGUAUGUCUGGCGGCCUGCGUCGUCAUACCCGAUUCCACCGGAAGUCUGCUGGACAGUUUGCACAGCUCAAAGGUCAACGAUAGUGAGGAUUCAAGUUCCGAGCAUUCUUCACCUCAGAAUACACCCAGACGUCCGUAUUAUCGUAGUCGAAAGCAGGACAAAAAGAAGCGUCGCUAAGGGGAUUUUGGUGAAUCUAUGCAGAAAUAAUGACCUAUUGAAAAAGUAAUUGUUUAAGGUGGUUUAAGGAUACUCUCAUUCUGCUAAAUUGUGUUGCGAAAAAAAUCUUGCUUCUGUUCAAGUAUUUUUUGCCAAAGUUUUUUUUUUCGAAAACUUCACAACCACAGACAUUUGUAUCUCACUACUCACUAUCUUUUAUAAUUUUAAGUUUCAUAAAAACGACAAUUCAAAAACAUUUAUGAAUGUUUAUUUCACCUAACUAGUUAGGUCUGAUA